AGGCAGCACCACCUCCCGCAGAUGGUGAAGAAAGAAUUUUCUUGUGAAUAUUUUUCCACCUCUUUGAUAUUGAUGCGCAACUCCAUUUAAAUCGAUUCAUUUACUUGCGUGUAGCUAGUGUAAGUACUAUACUAACAUCAACUACAAGGUGUACAGUCAACUGAUUAUCGCAUAUUAUUGUUGAGUAUGACAUAGACAUUACUACCCGCUUGUGGUACUCGUGUGAACAUCUUUCUCUUUUGAGCAAUUGUCUAGAAGUAGACCAUCUAUCACCAUUCCGUCAUCCUUCCGGCAUAGUGCUCCUGCCUAGCUCUGCUACGGCAGUCGCAAUGCUGUAAAAACAUAGCUCCUAAGCAAAGAAACCAAUAAGACCGCAUCCACCUCGUCCUCGAAGAUGUCGCGCUCAAGAGCAUCGUCAACGUCUACUUUCACCAUGCUUCAUCCCGCUCUCCACCUCGUCCACCUCCGACUUUUCCUGCUCUCCUCAGAAUUCCAGCAAGUGACCGCACAACUGGGUAAGGUGGAUAAGAAUGUUGAAAACUGGUGGUAUGAGUCGCCAGCGUCUAAGGUGGCGUGUCUCCCUGACACCGACUACGACAUCAGCUACAAAGAAACCGGAAUUCGAGUGCUCUUUCCGCUGUUUUUAUGGAUUGAAGAAGUGAAACUCCUGAAAGUGUUGAUAGAUCUUCAUUUUAAAGAUCUAAAGUAGAAAUAGAUGCGGACGUACUUACUAGAGUAGGAGCCUCUUCUUCUACUCGUCUUUCAAACGAGACCUCAAAAUCAAAAAAAAAGUCUCGUCCGCGGUGUUGGUCAUCUUCUUCUUGUCUCCUAUUCCUAAAAAGGACUUAGGGGUAGGACCACCACGACAUCAUCUCUAAUCUUUCUCGUCGCCUGUUUGGUUUGCGCCUACCUCAUCGGAAAAGAAGACACAAGGGAGACGCACGAUGGCCGUGUCCUCAGCAGAAAGGAAAUCCAUAGCGAUGAAAAACUCAAGUACAACUAUCUACUUACUACUUAGUUCUUCAUCACAAGUCGCAUUCGAUGACAGACUUCUACUAACAGAAGCUGUUGGUGUUGCACCAGUUGUUAUCACAUUCUUUCCCUGCUGAUGUGAGAGUAAGCACAUUUACAUUAAUAGAUUGUUUUAUUUCUAGGAGGUUUGAAGUAUAAUAAUCAUGAUCAUCCCUCAUCUUUAUUCUUCCACAUCAUACUCAUAGGGCCAAAUACGUCGACCCGUCUGUCGGCAAAGCGAAGCACAAGAUUCAGGAUGACAAGUGGCGCGUGCGGUCGUUACACAUUGUCAAGAGGAUGAACUCGAGCGCAGACCUCGGACUGCUUUCAAGAAGGAAGAGUUUGAAGGUACUAGUUGUAAUUGUUAAUGAUAGAAACCAAAACGAGAAUAAAUGUAUUGAAUAGUAUGCCCAUGCCUUUACGUUUACCUGUAGUACUUGACGACUACUACUUGUAAUUGGAAUGUACUCAGGGAUGAUCAUUAUAGGGAACAGUACCAAGCUUGUUGUUCGACAGGGCAAUGUUACAAGCUCUCUCAUUAGACUAAAGUAGUGCAUGCCGUCAAUGAUUAGACUCGUCAUCUACAUCUUCUAUUCGCACACCUCUUUCCAUCUACAGGCCGGCAACAUACCUGAUCCAAAUGGAGAUUCCUCUACAACAUUGGCUACCGAUGGCGCAGGAACACCUGCGUCUACAACCUGCCUUGCGCCAGAUGAAAUACCAGUAGGACGAGGAAAAUCUGGGGACGCCGAUGAUACUCCUAUUAUCUACGACUUUAACAAGUUGUCUACAUUACCAGAAGAAGAUCAGGACUUACCCUCAACGGCAUCUGAUGAGUCCUCUGUCCUCGACCAUCACGAGUCUUCUAUACACUACAACGAAUUCAGUUUCGGCAUAGGCAAGCAGUUAGUAUCCACAAAAGCGAAUAUGAAGGAAAUUGGAGCAGUAAACUUUGAAGAUCAUGGCCACGCAAAGAAGUUUUUGACCAAGAGGACAUUUUCAAAUGUGAGUCUAGGUGGAAGCAGCACUGAGAUUGAGAAAACACCUCAGAGUAGUCAAGAGGGACUUCGUAGUUUAGGUGCUCAGAAAGCAGGUGUUGUUGGUACGAAACAGACAAAAGAAGGCGCAGGUGAAGAUGCACCAGUGACGGACUUAGAAGCGCAGCAGAAAGGAGAUGAAGCAGAAAAUGAGGACUACCAUGCUGAUGAAGCUGAAGGAGGCAAUCAAGUCGACCAGGAAAAAACAGGCCUUGGAGCCUUGACAAAUUUCUAUUGGGAAUUCCAAUCAAGGCCUCAAAAGGAGCGACUCUACUUCCUCGAUGCUGGUCGGGUUUGCUGCAUUCUCUGCGUCGUAACCGAGCAUGCUGGUACCCGCGACUAUUCCGGGAUGAAUGUCUGGGGCGCACUGAAUUGGGUUUUGCCCUUUCUGUACCUCAUCUCCGGUUGGUGCUACGUGAUGUCGCACGCUCCAUUGAUCUUCUACAUCAUGCGACUAGCUGCACUGUUCGUCGUAGGCGUUUUCGCUAACUUCAUCGCGGACAGGAUUAACGGAAAAGACAACCUGUUCGACAUGGACACGAUCUUUCACAUGUUCUUCGUAGUGAUGCUGGCGGUGAUGAGCAUCCUUGCGUACCCUCUGCGACGACUAAUGCUCUGGCGAAGCGCACACCCGUUCGGACAAGUGAAUUCCAAGGUACUAUUUUUUAGAUCCGUGCACCUGCACUCUCUGACCACUCGACCUCCACCGCGUACGCACGCUUACCCUUCCGUAUUUUCUAUUUCAUCACCAUCUCAUUUAAACACAGGUCUAUUUCAUCCUCGGUUUGUAUGGUGCUUUGACCUUGGCCGCGACGGUGUUGUACUGUGGAGGCAUCCUAGACACGAGUGAAUCGGAAAAUUCCGAUAGCAAGGCUUCCCGCAUCUUCGCCACUACCCUGUAUUCUUUUGCAGACUUCUUCGGCUUAUGCUUCUUGAUCUCCCUAGUUCUGACCCUAGGAACUGGUAGUGGCAACAGUUGGUUACCCUGGCUUGUCGUGGUCUACGUCUGGCUAUUGCGAGUGUUCAUCGCGUUUGACAACGUCGGAUGGCUGCAUUUGCUUAAAGUGUACGUUUUCGGCAUGGUAAUGUGCAAAUUCAAGUUUCGGUAUGGCGACGUGUUGAAAAACGUGAUUUUGCGAACCUACUGGCCGUUCGUGUUCAUCUUCCUGGUGUUUCUGCAGAUUCCGACAGCAAGUGGUCGCUGCGACACCUUUCCUCGACAGUAUUGGCUCGACCGGUUCCGGUGGUACGCAUCUGAAUGUCUGAUCGUAGUCUGGUUUUCAUCUGGAGCGAUGAACACCUCGGAUCCAUACGCCAUUUUACCCAUUCUCGGCAAUUGGGCUUUGUUUGCGUACGCUUUCCACGAAUUUUUCAAUCGUGUGAUUCCCGCACCGUAUGGAGCUUUUGUGGUCAUCGCGCUUGCGCCAAUCUCGAUCUUCGUGGUGUUUCGCAUGUACCCAAACAGGCUGAAGCGGCUUCGUGCGAGACAGCUGGGUUUACCACCAAAAUCUGCUGAGGCUUCUAGUGAAGAUGAAGGUGCUGGUGAAGACGUCGGACAGAAAGGCACUGGCAAAGGAGCAAAAGACAAACCGAAAAAGGACAAGAUCAUCCACGACCGUGUCCUUCUACUAGACGAUUACGGCGGUCGUGGCAUCCAGGGUCUAGGUCUAGUCGUCCAGGAUGUCAGUGGAGAAAUCACGGCAGUACAACCUGGCGGUUGGGCAGCAGAGCAGGGUCUGCGAGUUGGAGACUACAUCCGUAACGUAGAAGCAGGUGGUCGAAGAAAAGAGUUCUUGCCAUUACCGCAAGACAUGAGGAAAGACAUCUUGGAUACUAGAGCAAUGAUGCACUUCGAGCGACCUCUCUCAGUUGCUGUAACGAUGCUGUCGCCAUCAGAAGUGAAGAGUAAGGUAGAUGAUAAGAGUACUAGAACUGCUGCGACAAACCACACAAACAGCACGACUAUUAAGGAACAAGAAGCUCCUCCAACUACUUCGGUUGAACUCACUCCAAUCGAUGGACGAGACACUGGUCCUGGUCGUACCACUGAGGAACAAGACUGGCAAGCUACACCUAGCUUGCGAAUCGAUGAGGAACAAGGGGAGAAUAGGAUAUGAUCUUGAUCUGCACCAAUGACUAUGGCAUCGGCACACUACAUAUCAUCUUCAACUGGCGUCUUGUUCCGUCUAUACGUCUAUUGAUGAACACCUAGCAGUUCCAGUUUAGAGCCUGAUAUCUUCUGCUCUCCCCGUGCGCUUGUAGAUACAGCUCUGCUGCAUCGAUCUGCUUUAACUUCGAUACCAACAAGUCUCAUCUUAUUUUUCGAGCACAAUUCUUUCUAGUUAGCGCAAUUCUCUCCUUCAGUAACUCUUUCAUGAUAGAUCUUUUGCGCAUACGCAACUGCGCAACCCCCUGUGUGAAUAAUCGGAACAAGAUGAAAACGCACAAAUGAAUCCUCACGCUAAGAACUCUUUUGAAGAAAU